CACCUCCCCGAGCUCAAAAGCUUCCCCCUCCUCUGCACCGCACGGGAAGAGAGAAAGAAGAGAGACCCGCUAGCUCUCGGCUCUUCCCUCGAGAACGAGAACGAGAAGGAGGAGAGAUGGCACCACCCAGCAUUAGUGAGACUGUUCAGAAGAGUACCGACGCUCAUCGUACACCGCAUCCACCUCUUAAUGAAAGGAUCCUUUCAUCAUUGUCCCGGAGGUCUAUUGCUGCACACCCUUGGCAUGAUCUUGAGAUAGGUCCUGGAGCUCCAACAGUUUUCAACUGUGUGAUUGAAAUUGGUAAAGGAAGCAAAGUGAAAUACGAACUUGACAAGAAGACUGGACUCAUCAAGGUUGACCGCAUACUUUACUCAUCAGUUGUGUAUCCCCACAACUAUGGUUUCAUUCCCCGCACUCUCUGUGAGGACAAUGACCCGAUGGAUGUCCUAAUCAUCAUGCAGGAGCCUGUUCUUCCUGGAUGCUUUCUUCGGGCUAAAGCUAUAGGCCUCAUGCCUAUGAUUGAUCAGGGUGAGAAAGAUGACAAGAUAAUUGCUGUGUGCGCCGAUGAUCCUGAGUACCGACACUAUAAUGAUAUCAAGGAUCUCCCUCCCCAUCGUUUGGCUGAAAUCCGUCGCUUCUUUGAAGAUUACAAGAAAAAUGAGAAUAAGGAGGUUGCAGUGAAUGAUUUUCUUCCUGCCUCUGCUGCCUAUGAAGCAAUCCAGCACUCCAUGAACCUCUAUGCUGACUACAUUGUGGAGAGCUUGAGGCGGUAGUCCACCACAGUUAACAUGGUGGUGCAGGUCCCCAGGCCCCGGUCCUUUUUGUGUAGAUGAUGACGAUACUACAAAUCUUUCAUAUUCUUUGUAAGCAGAUUGUAUUUGUGUUUGGUGCAAGAAAUGGCAUCAUAAUAUCAUGUUUAUAUUUACAGCUCAUGGAUUAUGUUUUGUAUUUCAACCGGAGAUAAAAAGAAACUUUUAGCACGUGUUUCCACCA